AAGAAAUUAGGAAGAGUUGAAGUUGGUUGUCACCAACAUGGUCUGUGUCCUUUUUCUUUUUUUUAAAUUAACCAUUUAAGCCAAAAACUUCCUCGGCAAAGUGGUGGGAUAAUAUUACUUCGCAGUACUACAGGGAGUGGAGACGGUCUGGCAACUCGCACCAACUUUUCUGGCUAUGCUAGCUAGCUAGCUAGCCUAAAGUGUCAAGCAGUCAAAUGCUACUACUUAGCUAUCUUAAGCUAACCUGCUUGAUUUACGGGAACUCUUAAUUACGGUAUAUGUACUGUCUGAAGACCAUGUUAUGCUUGUAGUUUGCACCACUAUGCGCACCAUUAAUGCUCGCAAAUGUUAAGUUACGCUUAGCAAUGCUUACCGGGACAUUGCAUGCCAGUUGAUGGACGCAGCAUCGAUGGCACCCCCAGCUACCCAGGUUUUUAACGUUUAAAACUUGUUGCACAAAAGUAUCUAUUAUCACUGGAAAUGUCGACGUUGACGGCAGAUCAACAGAGAAAAAUAGAGGAAAACAGACAGCGAGCCCUGGCACGGAGAGCCGAGAGGCAAGCUCAAACGAGUCGUCAGCAUGCAGGCGAUUUCAACGGGUACCCUGCCACUAAACCAGCACCUCUCUACAGCAGAACAACAGAGAGUACUUAUACAAAGACUGGACCAGACACCUACAAACCUGCAAAUGUUUCCAGCUUCAAACCUCCACGGUCAAAUGGCAAUUCUGGUUUCACACCACCUCAGUCAGUGAACAACCAGAGUGUCAAACCGACACAACAUACAAGCACGUCUAGUUUCAAACCCCCUCAAUCAGUGAAUACCUCGACCUUCAAGCCCCCACCGUCUACAAACCAGUCAAAUUUCAAACCGCCACAGUCAACCAAUGCGUCGGGCUUCAAGCCCCCACAGUCAACAAAUACACAGAGUUUCAAGCCUCCAUUUUCAAAUAAUUCUCAAAGCUUGAAGUCCCCACAGCCAACAGAUGCUCAAAACUUCAAACCCCUACAGUCGACAAGUACCUCCACUGUCCAACCACCCCCACAGUCCACAAACAUUUCAACCGUCAGACCCCAGGAGUCAACAACUAUUCAAAGCUUCAGGCCCCAACAGCCAGCAAAUGCUCAAAGCUUCAAGCCCCAACAGUCAACAAAUACUCAAACCUUCAAACCCCAACCAUCAACAAAUACACAAACAUUCAAACCAUCACCACAGCCCACGAAUGUGCAGCAGCAGCCCCCUGUCAGACAUUCACACCAACACGCCCCCUCUGCCUCACCUGGGACAGGCUACCAGGCUGGAAACUUUUAUGGCUCAGGACCUCGUCCGAACACACCUACUACUACUACUACCAAUAAUGCUGCUGCUGCUGCUGCAGCAGGGAACCAGUCGAAUAGUAGGCCCUUGCAGCCAGCUAAUGCGCCUCCAUUGAAGAAGCCAGCCGUGCCAGUGGCGGCUAGAGGCAGAUGUGUGUCUCACAGCAAGGAGCGCUUCAGGGUCGAGGUCAGCUACCAUGCAGAGCUCAUUGCUCUUUUCAAGACCAUACCGUCUAGAAGCUACGAUCCUGCAUCUAAGAUGUGGAACUUUGGCCUGGAGGACUAUGGCCAGCUAAUGGCAGAAGUUUCCUGCAUGCCAGCGGUGGCACUCAAACCCCUGGAGGGAAUGGAAGGGCUGGACGUCGGCGAGGCGACGAGUCGUGCCAAGGACGCGGCGGCGCUCUCGGCACUCAUGCGGCUAUGCCAGGGCUGGCAGAAGCCUGGCGCUGCGGUCAAGGGUCAGUGCGUGCUGGUCAGCCGCUCCCGCUUCGAGGUGGAGGUGCCCUACCACGCCGACGUCAUUGCCUCCUUCAAGAUGAUGCCCUCCAAGAGUUACGACAUGAAGACAAGGAAAUGGAGUUUCCUGUUGGAGGACUAUGGGAGACUGAUGGAGCUGUUGAACCCCAUCUCCUCAGUGGAGGUGGAGCCGCUGCCCAGGCCGGUGCUGCAGGUGUUUUCCUCUCAGUUCGAGAAGACGGCCACCCGGGGCUCAGGGUCCACCGACGCCCCCGAUGCCGACCUCUCACACGUGGACAACACCCUUGCCACCGCACUCAUGCACUUCCAGAGAGAGGGAGUCAACUAUGCGGUGGCUAGAGAAGGCCGCCUGCUGCUAGCGGAUGACAUGGGGCUGGGGAAGACAGUGCAGGCCAUCUGCAUCGCCGCGUACUACAGGAAGGAAUGGCCGCUGCUCGUGGUGUCCCCAUCCUCUGUCCGCUUCACAUGGGCCGAGGCCUUCCGGCGCUGGCUGCCGUCAGUGGGUGCGGAGUGUGUGAACGUGUGUGUGACGGGGCGGGACCGUCUGCGUGGGGGCCUGGUCAACAUCGUCAGCUACGACCUCCUCAGCAGGUUGGAGAAGCAGAAGCCGGCCGCAGAGCCCUUCAACGUGCUCAUCAUGGACGAAUGCCACUUCCUUAAAAACAUGAAGACGGCUCGCUGCCGAGCUGCCCUGCCCUUGCUGAAGGCAGCUAAGCGGGUGAUUCUGCUGUCGGGGACCCCUGCCAUGUCCCGGCCCUCGGAGCUCUACACCCAGAUCCUGGCCGUGCGGCCCUCGCUCUUCCCCAGGUUCCACGACUUUGGGGCGCGCUACUGCAACGCCACACAGAAUGCGUGGGGUUGGGACUACUCCGGCUCCUCUAACCUGGCUGAGCUGCGUCUCUUGCUGGAGGAGAGCCUGAUGCUGCGUCGCCUAAAGAGCGAGGUGCUGUCCCAGCUGCCCGCCAAGCAGCGCAAGGUCGUCAUAGUAACCACGGACGGAGUCAACGCCCGCACCAAAGCAGCGCUGUCGGCUGCCGCCAAGGAUCUGCUCUCCUGCGGGAGCAAAAACAAGAACAAAGAGAAAGAGGCCCUCCUGGUCUAUUACAACCACACUGCAGAGGCCAAGAUUAGAGCCAUUAUGGAGUACAUCAUGGACAUGCUGGAGUGUGGUCGGGAGAAGUUUCUGGUGUUUGCUCAUCACAAGAUGGUGCUGGACAGCGUGACCAGGGAACUUGGCGAGAAGGGUGUGGACUUCAUCCGUAUUGAUGGUUCCACGCCGUCUGCGGAGCGGCAGCAGCUCUGUGACAAGUUCCAGUUAUCUGCUAAGAGCUGCGUGGCCGUGCUCUCCAUCACCGCCGCCAACAUGGGCCUCACUCUACACGCAGCCGACAUGGUGGUGUUCGCAGAACUAUUCUGGAACCCUGGGGUUCUGAUCCAGGCUGAGGACAGGGUGCACCGUAUCGGCCAGACCAGCAACGUGGACAUCCAUUACCUAGUGGCCAAGGGCACCGCUGACGACCACCUCUGGCCCAUGAUUCAGGAGAAGAUGAGCGUUCUGGAGCAGGUGGGGCUCUCGGAGGCCAAUAUCUCAGACAGGGCAGAGUGUGCCAGCUUCCACAGCAAGGACCCCAAGCAGAGCACCAUCACUGAGAUGUUCCAGCGCUCGUUUGCGGAGGUUGGAGGAGAUGAUGACGAGGCAGCUCUGCUGGAGGCAGUCGGCGAAUGGGACGACACCGCCACCAGCGCCAGCGAAUGGGACGAUGACGCCAUUACCGGGAUGGGGCCGGGCGGGACUCUACAGGCCGACGCCUACUCGCACAGCCCCAGCAAGAGGAGACGCAUAGACCAGUACUUUUGAGCUUGAUUAACAGCUGCAUCAGCCAGUGAUUGCUUGCCACAGCCAUCAUCAUCCAGCCACAUCUAUUUGAUUGUCUGAUUCAGCAGUCAAUGUUGCCUUAGCAGUGAUGGGCAAACCGGAUUAUUUAGUUACAAUCCAAUGCCACAUAUUCCAAAUGAUUUGGUGUUACCUGUCCAGUUAAACCAGGUGAUUGCUGGGUUGAAUGGCUACCUGGUUAAAUUGAACAGGUAAAACCUGGCCAUUAAGAAUUUGUUGCACUGGAUUAUAACUACUGAGCACUGUGUCUGAGCACCAGUGACAUCUUCACUUAAAUCUCACCGCCCUAGAGGAGAUGCAUAGGCUAUAAUCAGUCUGUAAGCUGAUUGGAGCUCAUGCUAGAUUGACAGCUGUGUCAGCCAGUGAUAUUUUAAUUUGAAUCUUGCCAUUCAUAACAAGGCAUUAAUAAGAAGCCCCUAAAAUCAUCAUAUUUUAUUAUGGAAAGGAAAUAUUUGUGGUUUAUUUGUGUGAAAAAAAUAGACAUCCAGCCGUCAUAUCAUUGUCUUUCGGUCUGUGUACAGCCUUUACAUUCUUGAUAAAUGUUUAUAAUAAAAAGUGUUUAUUAUUCCCUA